GUCGCAGGCGCAAGGUACCCCGCCGUCCGUCUCCGGCUAUCGAGUCUCGUUGCGUAGUCGGUGCUGUUGCUGCUGCCACGCUCCCGUCUCUCCGCUCCCUCUCUCUUUUUCUUAAAAAGUCCGGCAAGCUCUCCUCCUCCUUCCUCUCUGUCUCUUGAUAAAACCCAAAACACCACCCCCCCGCAAGACGUGCUUCCCAUCUACGCAUCUCUUACCUGGUGGCUUUUCUUUCCUGCACAGCCGCUUAAGCCUCGCUCCGUCGCUGUAGAGAAAAAGUUGCUCGACUUCUCUAUUUGCCGUCUGCGCUAUCUAUACCAGCUCCUGCUCUUUUUGCGUCGCCUAUCUUUUAUUUCUGUUUCGCUUCCAAUCACAAUUCACAAUGACGUCUACUCCGCAACAGCCCUUGACGUUCACAGACGUCUUUGAUGACGUCGACGUCGACGAGCCCAAGGAGGCUCAGACUGUCCACCACAUCCGCGCCAACUCGAGCAUCAUGCAGCUCAAGAAGAUCCUUGUCGCCAACCGUGGUGAAAUCCCCAUCAGAAUUUUCAGAACCGCCCACGAGUUGUCACUGCACACCGUUGCCGUUUACAGUUAUGAGGACCGAUUGAGCAUGCAUCGUCAGAAGGCUGACGAAGCCUAUGUCAUCGGAAAGCGUGGCCAGUACACCCCCGUCGGUGCCUACCUCGCUGGUGACGAGAUCAUCAAGAUUGCUGUUGAGCACGGUGUCCAAUUGAUCCAUCCUGGUUAUGGUUUCCUCUCUGAGAACGCUGAGUUUGCUCGCAACGUCGAGAAGGCUGGUCUGAUUUUCGUUGGUCCCAGCCCCGAUGUCAUUGACUCGCUUGGUGACAAGGUUUCUGCCAGAAAAUUGGCCAUUGCUGCCAACGUCCCUGUGGUUCCUGGUACUGAAGGCGCUGUCGCCAAGUACGAGGAGGUCAAGGCUUUCACUGACCAGUACGGUUUCCCCAUCAUCAUCAAGGCUGCUUACGGUGGUGGUGGCCGUGGUAUGCGUGUUGUGCGCGACCCCGAGUCUCUGAAGGAGAGCUUUGAGCGUGCCACUUCCGAGGCCAAGUCUGCCUUCGGUAACGGUACCGUCUUUGUCGAGCGCUUCCUCGACAAGCCCAAGCACAUUGAGGUCCAGCUUCUCGGUGACAACCACGGCAACAUUGUCCACCUCUACGAGCGUGACUGCUCGGUCCAGCGCCGUCACCAGAAGGUCGUUGAGAUUGCUCCUGCCAAGGAUUUGCCCGUCGAGACGCGCGAUGCCAUUCUCGCAGAUGCCGUCAGACUCGCCAAGUCUGUCAACUACCGCAACGCCGGUACCGCUGAGUUCCUGGUCGACCAGCAGAACCGCUACUAUUUCAUUGAAAUCAACCCUCGUAUCCAGGUCGAGCAUACCAUCACAGAAGAAAUCACCGGCAUUGACAUUGUUGCCGCUCAAAUCCAAAUCGCCGCUGGUGCCACCCUCGCUCAGCUUGGCCUUACACAGGAUCGCAUCUCCACCCGUGGCUUUGCCAUCCAGUGCCGAAUUACGACCGAAGACCCCGCCGAAGCCUUCCGACCUGAUACUGGCAAGAUUGAAGUCUACCGCUCUGCUGGUGGUAAUGGUGUCCGUCUCGAUGGUGGCAACGGUUUUGCCGGAGCUGUCAUUACUCCCUACUACGACUCCAUGUUGGUCAAGUGCACAUGCCAGGGCUCUACCUAUGAAAUCGCUCGCCGCAAGGUCUUGCGUGCUCUUAUUGAGUUCCGUGUCCGUGGUGUCAAGACCAACAUUCCCUUCUUGGCUUCUCUCUUGACCCAUCCCACAUUCAUCGAGGGUAACUGCUGGACUACUUUCAUCGACGACACCCCCGCGCUCUUCGAUCUCGUCGGCAGCCAGAACAGAGCUCAGAAGCUUCUUGCUUACUUGGGUGACAUGGCUGUCAACGGUAGCUCGAUCAAGGGCCAAGUCGGCGAGCCCAAGCUCAAGACCGAUAUCAUCAUGCCCGAAAUCAUUGCUACCGACGGUACCAAGAUUGAUACUUCCGAGCCCUGCCAAAAGGGUUGGAGAAACAUUCUCGUCGAGCAGGGUCCCAAAGCUUUCGCCAAGGCUGUCCGUGAGAACAAGGGCUGCUUGCUCAUGGAUACUACCUGGCGCGAUGCUCACCAGUCUCUCCUCGCCACCAGAGUCCGUACCGUCGAUCUCCUCAACAUUGCCAAGCAGACCAGCCACGCUCUCUCCAACCUCUACUCGCUUGAGUGCUGGGGUGGCGCUACCUUUGAUGUUGCUAUGCGUUUCCUCUACGAGGAUCCUUGGGACCGUCUCCGCAAGAUGCGCAAGUUGGUCCCCAACAUUCCUUUCCAAAUGUUGCUCCGUGGUGCCAACGGCGUUGCUUACUCUUCUCUGCCCGACAACGCUAUUGACCACUUCGUUGCUCAGGCUAAGGAGAACGGUGUCGAUAUCUUCCGUGUCUUCGACGCCCUCAACGAUGUUGACCAGCUCGAAGUCGGUAUCAAGGCUGUUCACAAGGCUGGUGGUGUUGUUGAAGCCACUGUCUGUAUCUCUGGUGAUCUCUUGAACCCCCAGAAGAAGUACAACUUGCAGUACUACCUCGACCUUGUUGAGAAGCUUGUCAAGUUCGACAUUCACGUCCUCGGUAUCAAGGAUAUGGCUGGUGUUCUCAAGCCCCAUGCCGCUACUCUUUUGAUCAGCGCUCUCCGCAAGCAAUACCCCGACCUGCCCAUCCACGUUCACACCCACGACUCUGCCGGUACUGGUGUUGCUUCCAUGGUUGCUUGCGCCCUCGCUGGUGCUGAUGCUGUUGAUGCCGCCACCGACAGUUUGUCUGGUAUGACUUCGCAGCCUAGCAUCAACGCCAUCAUGGCCUCCCUCGAAGGUACUGGCCUUGAGCCUGGUCUGGAUGGUCGCCAAGUCCGUGCCCUUGAUACCUACUGGGCUCAGCUUCGCCUUCUCUACUCUCCCUUCGAGGCUCACCUUCCCGGUCCUGACCCCGAGGUCUACGAGCACGAGAUUCCUGGUGGUCAGCUCACCAACAUGAUGUUCCAGGCCCAGCAGCUCGGUCUUGGAUCUCAGUGGAUUGAGACCAAGAAGGCAUAUGAGGAGGCCAACGAUCUCUUGGGCGAUAUUGUCAAGGUCACUCCUACUUCCAAGGUUGUUGGUGACCUUGCUCAGUUCAUGGUGUCCAACAAGCUCAGCUCCGACGAUGUCAAGGCUCGUGCUUCCGAACUCGAUUUCCCUGGUUCCGUUCUUGAAUUCCUCGAGGGUUUGAUGGGACAGCCGUACGGUGGAUUCCCUGAGCCUCUCCGAACCGACGCCCUCCGUGGCCGCCGCAAGCUUGACAAGCGCCCCGGCUUGUACCUCGACCCCAUCGACUUUGGUAAGGUCAAGCGCGACCUGGGUAAGAAGUAUGGUGGACCCGUCUCCGAGUGUGACAUUGCCUCUUGGGUCAUGUACCCUAAGGUCUUUGAAGACUACAAGAAGUUCACUGAGCAGUACGGUGAUCUUUCCGUUCUUCCCACUCGCUACUUCCUCUCCAAGCCUGAGAUUGGCGAGGAAUUCAGCGUCGAACUGGAGAAGGGCAAGGUUCUCAUCCUCAAGCUCCUCGCUGUUGGUCCUCUGAGCGAGAACACCGGCCAGCGUGAGGUCUUCUUUGAGAUGAACGGUGAAGUCCGUCAGGUUACUGUCAUUGACAGCAAGGCUGCUGUUGAGAACAUUAGCCGCCCCAAGGCUGAUCCUGGAGACUCCAGCCAGGUUGGUGCUCCCAUGUCUGGUGUCUUGGUUGAGUUGAGAGUCCACGAGGGCAGCGACGUUAAGAAGGGCGACCCUCUGGCUGUUCUCUCUGCCAUGAAGAUGGAAAUGGUUAUUUCUGCUCCCCACAGCGGCAAGAUUUCUGGCCUCCAGGUUAAGGAGGGCGACUCGGUUGACGGUUCCGAUCUGGUCUGCCGCAUCACCAAGGCCUAAACGAACGAACUAUAAAACAACCCUAAAAACAACGUAAAAUAGUCAAAAAGUAGGAUUUGGUACAGGUUAUGAAUUUUUCCUUUGUCCUUUGGUAGCAGCUUUUGUUAGUAUGAAUAUGACGUAUUAUAUCUUUU